GGGCGCUACGAGCUGGAGCGGGUGAUAGACGACUUCAUAUUUCUUUGCUUUCUUUGCGGAAAUGAUUUUCUGCCGCAUUUGCCGCACCAGUCUAUACAGCGCGGCAGCAUAGACGCGCUGCUUGAGGUGUACGUACACCUCAGACCCCACACCCUCAGCAGCUACCUCACGCAUGCAGGCAAAGUCGACCUGCAGCAGCUGCAGCACUUCCUCGCGGCUUUCGCCAAAGUCGAGGAAGAACUCAUCAAACGCGAACUCAUCCGCAAGGAGCGCAUGCGGGAGAAGUACCACCAGGACCAGCAGCGGCUGCAUGGGGCCGCGGGGGCCCUCCAACAGCGGGACAUGCAGCAGCAGCCCCACUGGCAGCAGCAGCAGCAGCAGCAACAGCAGCAGCAGCAGCAGCAGCAGCGAAGUCAGGGGCUGCCUUCAAACGAAGAAGUUGCCCGCCAGCUGAAGCAAACACUCCUCAACAAAGGGGGCCCUAAGGCUUCUGAUGGGGGCCCUUCUGCUGCAGCAGCAGAAGGUUCAGAUGCAGCAGCAGCAGCAGCAGCAGAUGAUGAGGACGACGCAGAUGGCGCCGACACUGUGGCAGAAAAUGGGGAGGGCUGCGCAGCCUCCCCCUCAGCAGCAGCAGCAACAGCAGCAGCAGCAGCAGCAGCAAGUGAGGACGCGUCGCGCUGCGGCUCUCGGCGUCCGGCGAAGCGGCCGAAGGGCGACGAGGACGCAGCAGCAGGAGAAGCAGCAGCAGCAGCAGCAGCAGCAGGAGGGUCGCGGAGCCGGCAAGAAGACCUGGAUUUGUUUCGAGCGCGCAUGCAGCAGCUGCUGAACAGCUCGAGGGAGUUGGGGCUGCAUGCGCUGCUGCAGGAAGGAGCAGCAAGCGGGCUGGGGUGCCGCAGCAGAGAGCAGUGGCGGCUGCUGUACUACCAGGAGAAGUUCCGGCUGGAAGCAGGAGACUCUGUUGCUGCUGCUGCUGCUGCUGCAGCAGACCACUACCUCAGGGGCCUCCAGUGGGUGCUGCUUUAUUACUGCCAGGGCUGCAGCAGCUUCGACUGGUUCUUUCCUUUCCACUUCGCGCCCCUCGCCCUCGACCUCUGGCACGCAGCAAAGAGGCGCGUC